UUUUUCUCUGCCUCUAUUUUCGAAUCGAUUUUCCCCUCAUUUGGACAUCUGCAGGGCGAUAACUCCACUUGAAACUCCAAUAUGCUGUGCCAGGCUGGGAUAUUUUCUGGUUGAGACAAAAUUGAACGCUCGAUGUCGAACUUACACCACAAGUACGAGUCUAGCAGAAAAUCCAAAUAAAGACUUCCGUAACCUUUCAGGACUUGCGUACAAUGGAACAUAGUAGUGAGAGUAAGAAUCGAACAGACAGUUCAUUUUCUGGCCUGGAAAUUAUCGAGGUGAAGAGUGGUGAUGCCAGUAUGAAUCUGUUGGACAAUAACAGGGCAGGAGAAGUUAAGAAAAUUGAAAAAAAAGAUGCAGCGGUCCAAGUGAACUGUAGAUUGAUUAAAAUCGCCGAUUUUCCUGCCUACUGUGAAAGUGAAAGCCAGCACGGCACAGGGCGAAAGGUUCAAUCUGCUCUCUUUCUCAAUGAAAUGGGGUCCAUUGCCAAAUUUCACAAACUUUCUGGCCCAGUUUUGGUGCAUGGGGAUCGCAUUCGUAAACGUUCUGCCAUGCUGACGUUUAGUCAGAUGAGAGACCUGAUGUCACAAGCUGAACACGAUGCAUCCGGGGAUACUACCCUUGAAGUAUCAGAUGAUACGAAUAGACAUGGAGAUACAGCUGUCGUUGCUAAAAAUGAUGAUAAACAUUCGAGUGUGGAGGUUCCUGCUCCGCACCAGAUGUCCGGACCUUUGAAGUGCAAGUUUGAUCAGUUAAAAGAACUUAUGUCACAGGCAAGAGAGUUAGGUGUUAUGAAAGUAGAAACUGAGGCAACAAGCAGUGACUUUGAAACUGUUCACAAGAAUGAGCAAAACCGUUAUGACUUCAACAGCGGUGUAAGAGUGAGUCGUGGGUGUUCAUUAGGAGGUAGUAUUGCAGAAGCUCUAAGGCAGUGUGAAAUGGUAUUGCCAGAAUAUAGUGGUCACUCUGUGGAAAUGACAGUGCCCGAUUAUGGCAGUCGGGCUGGUGGUAAAGGUAGUAGUAAAACAGGUGAUACAAGUAGCAACUCUAGUAGUAGGGCUGGUGAUAGUGGUCGUGAUAAACGUUAUGACAAAAGUAGUGCUUUUGAUGGCAAUGGCAAUGAUGAUGAUGAUGUCAAAGUUAUUGAUGGUGAUGAUGAUGAUUUCAUGCCCACAACUGAAGUAGCAUUGACAUCUAGAAGGAUGAUAUCAUCGACUGAAGAGGAAAACGAAAAUGAGAAGAAGACAAGGAGCGAUAGCCCACAAUGGGUUCGACGUUCUGCCAGAGAGCGUAUCAAGUGCAGCCAUUGUGAUAGAAUGUUCACCAACCAGAAUCAGUGCCGAGCACAUGAAACUGAACAUGUUCUGGCGGUCGUGUCAUGUGCUGCCUGCCCCAUGGAGUUCCCUAACGAGGAAGAAUUGAUCAAGCAUGCACAGGCAGUACAUCUUCAGUCUCCAAAAAUAAGCCGCCUGAAGGAGGGUCCUGAAACUCGUACUUCAACAAUGAAAUCUCCAAGUGUGCAUUCGAAAGUCCUCCAAUUCAGAUCAGAAACAGAGACUAUGACUUCUAAAAAAGAUUUAAGGCAAAGCGUCGCAAGUGGAUUAAAACGUGUUAAUCCAGAUCAAGGUGAUAUGGCUGAGCAAUGCCCCUCUAAGCGCGUGCUGAGGACCAUGCUUAAGUGUUGUGAUUGUGUUCAAGUAUUUAAUUCACUAGCUGACUUGGAUGCUCACAGAAAGAUGAUGCACUUACUCCAGUCUCAUGAAAAGGGCCCUAAGAUUCCGAUGACGACAAAAGGACAACCAGAAAAAGAUCAGCUCUCAAACCUUAAUUCAAAUAAACCAAAUCUCCUGUCUGUCACCCCAAAGGUACAGUCUAGUAGUAGUACACCAAAGGUAGAGUCUAGUGCCCAAAAGGUACUGUCCAGUACUCCAAAAGUGCAGUUGAGUGCAUUGACUGCACCACUAGUACACCCAGUUAAGCCAAUGAUGCAGUCAAUCAAGGUAAGUACUGAGAAAUCCAAUGUUAAACAGAGUGGCGGGAUAAAAUGUUCAAAAUGUUUAUGGGUGUUCUUUGACAGAGAAAAGCUCCAUGAGCAUGAGGCAAAGGUCCAUAAGAUAGCUAAUCCUACCAAAGAUGAUGGUCGAAAGGGAAAUGAUGUACAAAAAGAGCAGAAGGCAGAUGAAAAGUCUGACACUAGCAAAAGAAAUGAAAUUAGAUCAGUUGGGAUUGAGAAGAGGAAUAAGGGCAGACAGAGAGAGGUCACACAUGACAGCGACUCCACUAGUACCGAUACUGACGGGGACUUGGACAACGAUGCUCGGAGCUCCAGCUCAAGUGAGAAAUUACCAAUAAGCUCGCGUUCUAAACGAGAGAUGAAACAAUGUCCACACUGCCAUUUGAGGAUUUCAUGUCCGGAGAGCCUUAAAAAGCAUGUUGCUGGUCACCUGUCUGGCUACUGUUGUGGUUCCUGUGACUUCGUUUGUAAGACCGAGCGCAGCCUGAGGACUCACUUCAGGCAUAAACAUGGGGAACAAACAGUUAAAAGACAAGAAACCGAUGUAUCAGCUGAUAAAGAUGAUGAUGAGAAAGAGGAUGCAGCUUCUGCAGACGGUUCGGAUGAUGCAUCAUAUAAAUCUGAGCAGCCUCGGAAGCCCACUUUGAAGGUCAGCAGAAAUCUCUUCAAGAAACGACCACAUAACGAUUCUCCUUUAGCAACCGGUACGGACGAUUCAAACAUCGAAUGACGUCACUGUCAUCAGUUAAGAGGUCUUUUGUCUUUGAGACGUGAUCGUCAUCAUCAUCAUCAUCAUGAAACUGCCCUCGUCAUCAUCUUUGAGCAUUCAUUGUUGAUGGUUAUCAUCAUCACCACACUCGUUGUCGGUAAAAUACUUUCCCAUAAUUCUCAAAAAUUUUCAAACUGUGAAUAUCAUGCGAUAAUUUUAUUGUGUAAUGUUAGAUGUACAUGUAUGUUACAUUUCUUAAAAAUUUGCAUUUGAGCUCCACCAUAGAUCCACAAGUGGGGAGCAAAGAUUUAGAUCAACAAUGUACAUGUAUGCAUGGACAAUACAGGUGCGAUAGUGCCAAAUUUACAGUACCAGAAUAUUGAAAGUUGUGCUUGAUAGAAAAAGUUGCUUCUACUUAAUAAAA